GAAAGGUGGCGCCUGCUUGAGUCCCGCGCGACUUUGGGCGACUGCAGCGCGCUCUCGCCGCAACUUGGCGAACUACGCACUGCACAUUUGUCCGCCCGCCGUCUCGUCUGUUUGCUGUUUAUGUUGGAAUCAAAAUGGCGAGCUCCUCGAGGUUUGAUGCUAACACAGUGUGCUGCUAUGCGCACCCAGAUGCUCCUCUUAUUGAGGACUAUAGAGCAGGUGACCAAAUAUGCUCGGAAUGUGGUCUUGUGGUUGGGGACCGGGUUAUCGAUGUCGGAUCUGAGUGGAGAACAUUUAGCAAUGAAAAGUCUGGAGUGGACCCAUCUCGUGUUGGUGGGCCCGAAAACCCACUUCUUGGCGGUGGGGACCUAUCCACAAUGAUUGGGCCUGGCCGAGGAGAUGCAUCAUUUGAUAGCUUUGGUGUUUCCAAGUAUCAAAACAGAAGAACAAUGAGCAGUUCAGAUCGGACACUUAUCAAUGCAUUUAGAGAAAUCAACAACAUGGCAGACCGCAUCAACUUACCUAAAACUAUCGUUGACCGUGCCAAUAAUCUUUUUAAACAAGUCCAUGAUGGUAAAAACCUGAAGGGUAGAGCUAAUGAUGCAAUUGCUUCAGCAUGUCUGUACAUUGCAUGUCGUCAAGAAGGUGUUCCUCGUACAUUUAAGGAAAUUUGUGCUGUCAGUAAAAUUAGCAAAAAAGAGAUUGGUAGAUGCUUCAAACUUAUUUUGAAGGCACUGGAGACCAGUGUUGAUCUCAUCACCACGGGAGAUUUCAUGUCACGUUUCUGCUCCAAUCUUGGCCUACCAAACUUGGUUCAAAGAGCAGCUACUCACAUUGCUCGUAAAGCUGUCGAGCUAGAUAUCGUUCCAGGUCGAUCUCCAAUUUCUGUAGCAGCAGCAGCCAUUUAUAUGGCAUCUCAGGCAUCUGAGGACAAACGAACUCAGAAGGACAUUGGAGAUAUUGCAGGAGUUGCUGAUGUCACUAUUCGGCAAUCAUACAAACUGAUGUAUCCUCAUGCUGCCAAAUUGUUCCCUGAUGACUUCAACUUUGCAACUCCUAUUGAUCAGCUACCUAUGAUGUAACUUAGUUAUUUUAUUUAGUCUUAUGGAUUUUUUCCUAAAUUGGUCCUUUUUGUUAUGUAAGAGGCUAGCUAAGUAUUUGUUACCUAAUGUGUAUCAAAAAAACAUAACUCUAGUUUGGCUAUGUAUGUUACAUACACUUUUACAUGUACUGAAUUACUUUUUUGUUAAGAUGCACGCAGUGCUUCCCGUCUGUAUGUUUCCUAUCUAGAUCUCUCUGAGUCCAUCAUGUUUAGUCUCUUGUUACUCUAUUUGACAUGACCAAUGUUUCUUUUUUGUUGACCAAUUACUUUCAAUCUUUUGAUGAGAAUUUCUCCACAUGAUUUGGGCAGAAAUUUCAUCUGUUACCUUAAAAUAAAAUGAUAAAAAAUAUAAACAGAAUGAUAAUUCAAAAAUUUGCCUUGGAGUUUCCAAUAUAUCUGUGUUAGUUCUAGCUGUGAAAUGUUUGGUACCUUUAAUGUGAUUGGUUGAAGUCUUUUUUUUGACUUGAACAUCUUCAUUUUUAGUCCAUUUCUACUUCACAUGAUUAUUUGCCUUCAAUAUGUAGUUUGGAAGUGUAAUUAAAGCACCAUUGAUCAUAAA